AUGGAGCUCGGGGGAGCCAUGACCAUAUUCCUGGCUCUCUGCCUCUCCUGCCUGCUUCUCCUUUCGGCAUGGAAGAAAAUGCACAAGGGAGGGAAGCUGCCCCCAGGGCCGACCCCUCUGCCCUUCCUCGGCAACCUGCUGCAGCUGAAGACCGACGAGACUUUCAAGUCGUUCAUGGCUCUGCGGGAGAAGUACGGCCCGGUGUUCACGGUGUACCUGGGCCCGCGGCGGGUGGUGGUGCUGUGCGGGCACGAGGCCGUGAAGGAAGCCUUGGUGGAUCACGCUGAGGAGUUCAGCGGCAGAGGGGAGCUGGCGUCCAUCGACCGGAAUUUCAAGGGCUUCGGGGUGGCUUUGGCCAACGGGGAGCGGUGGCGGCAGCUGCGCCGGUUCUCCCUCACCGCGCUGCGGAACUUCGGCAUGGGGAAGCGAUCCAUCGAGGAGCGGAUCCAGGAGGAGGCCCAGUACCUGCUGGAGGAGUUCAGGAAAACCAGAGGUUUGCCCUUUGACCCGAUCUUCUUCCUGAGCCGCACGGUCUCCAACGUCAUCAGCGCCGUCGUCUUCGGGAGCCGCUUCGACUACGAGGACAAGACGUUCCUGUCCCUGCUGCGCAUGAUCAACGAAACUCUGGGGCGAUUGGUGAACUCGGUGUCUGCCCCCCUGCAGCUCUACGACAUGUACUCCUGCGUCAUGCAGUACCUGCCCGGGCGCCACCACCGCAUCUACCACCUCAUCGAGGACCUCAAGGCCUUCAUCGCCGAGCGGGUGAAGAUCAACCAGGCCUCGCUCGACCCCAAUGCCCCGCGGGAUUUCAUUGACUGCUUCCUCAUCCAGAUGGAAAAGGAAAAGAAGAACCCCAACAGUGAGUUCAACACCAAGAACUUGGUGCUCACCACGCUCAACUUGUUCUUCGCCGGCACAGAGACCGUCAGCUCCACCCUGAGAUACGGGUUCCUCUUCCUCAUGAAGUACCCGGAAGUCGAAGAAAAGGUGCACCAGGAAAUCGACCAUGUCAUCGGCCGCAACCGCGUCCCCGCCAGCGAGGACCGGAUGAAGAUGCCCUACACAGAUGCGGUGAUCCAUGAGAUCCAGAGGGUGACGGAUAUCGUGCCCAUGGGGGUGCCACAUACGGUGAUCCGGGACACCCAGUUCCGGGGGUACACCCUCCCCAAGGGCACCAACGUAUUCCCCUUACUGGGCUCUGUCCUACGGGACACGAAAUAUUUCAGCCAUCCAGAAGAAUUCAACCCGGGGCACUUCCUGGACGAGAACGGCCGCUUUAAGAAGAACGAUGCCUUCGUGCCAUUCUCCUCAGGGAAGCGGGUGUGCCUGGGUGAGGCCAUGGCCCGCAUGGAGCUCUUUCUGUACUUCACCACCAUCUUGCAGAGCUUCUCGCUGAAAGCUCUCCUGCCCCCGAAAGACAUCGACAUCAGCCCGAAAGUGAGCGGGUUCGGGAACGUGCCCCCCACGUACGAGAUGUGCCUGGUCCCUCGCUGA